UACUGGGACCCCUCCUGCCGCGACCCCUCCUACUCGCUGGUCAUCAAGGGCAAGCUCCGGCUGCGCCAGGCCUCCUGGAUCACCCGCGGGGCCACCGAGGCCGACUACCACCUCCACAAAGUCGGCAUCGUUUUCCACAGCCAGAAGGCCAUGCGGGAGGUGGCCUCCUGGAUCAACCAGACCUCCGGCGAGGGCUGCAGCGGGUUCCUGCCCCCAGGGCGCACUUGGGCUCCCGGAGCCCUCUAUGAACUGCUGAGCGCCAAGACCGAGCGCGACUGCACGGCUGCCUUGGGCUUCGCCAUGCACGAGCUCAGCCUCGUGCGUGUGGAGCAGCACUACCAGGCCUUGCUGCAGCCGCAGCAGAGCGGGAGCCGGCUGGUGGAGGAGCUUCACACGGAGUGGCUGGAGAGGCUCCACUACCGGCCCACCGGCUACCAGCGACCUCUGCAGAGCGCCAUGCACCACGUGCAUCCUUGCCCUGCCUGUGGGAUUAUCUACCGAGCAGAUGAGCAUCACCCGCCCAUACUGCCUGUUCGAGCGCAGCUGCCGAUGCAGCUCAGCGGCAGCUGGGUGAGCACCCACUGCGAGGUGAGACCCGCGGUGCUGUUCCUGACCAGGUACUUCAUCUUUCACGGUAACAACCACACUUGGGAAGGUUACUACUACCACUACUCCGACCCGCUCUGUAAACAGCCGACUUUCACCAUCUACGCAUCUGGGCAUUACACAGAGGGCAUCCCCUCCUCCAAAGUGCAAGGUGGCACAGAGCUGGCUUUUAAAGUCACCCAGGCUCGGGUGACACCGAUGGACCCGGUGACGGCGACGAUGCUGAACUCCUCCGAACCUGGAAGCUGUGGGCUGGCCGGCUCCUGGAGCACUGGGGGGGAGCAGGAUAUAACACCCACGAACGGGUGCCUGGCUUUGGGCAUCAGGCUGCCCCACACAGAGUACGAACUAUUCAAAACGGAGCAAGACGCGAAGGAGCGCAGCCUCCUGUACAUCGGCGAGAGGCCCACCGACGGCUCCAGCCCCGACCGCCCGGACAAGCGGCCCACCUCCUAUCAGGCACCUCUGAUUCAGUGCGCUGCAGCGCCAGAGGAAUUCUCUAACUAUGUUAGUCUAAAGUACUUGGGAAAAAAGGAUGCUAAUGGGAAUGAAGCACUAAAACCUUUGCCUGUGGCCUUUCUAUUGUUUAUAGCACUUCUGUUUUUAAGAUGGGACUAG